CUCCGCUGAGUCCGCCCGCGCGUCGCCGCCGUCGCCGCCGCCCCCCCAUCCCGGCCCCCCCUCCCCCGGGUUCCCUCAGCCCAGCUCGGUCCAGCCCGGUUCCCGGGAGGAUGAAGUUCGUGUACAAAGAGGAGCAUCCGUUCGAGAAGCGCCGCUCUGAGGGCGAGAAGAUCCGAAAGAAAUACCCGGACCGGGUCCCGGUGAUAGUAGAAAAAGCUCCUAAAGCUCGGAUAGGAGAUCUGGACAAAAAGAAAUACUUGGUGCCUUCUGAUCUGACAGUUGGUCAGUUCUACUUCUUGAUCCGGAAGCGAAUACAUCUCCGAGCUGAGGAUGCCUUGUUUUUCUUUGUCAACAAUGUCAUUCCACCCACUAGUGCCACUAUGGGUCAGCUAUACCAGGAACACCACGAAGAAGACUUCUUUCUAUACAUUGCCUACAGUGAUGAAAGUGUCUACGGUCUGUGAAGCUGCUGCCCCUGAGGUGGGGGGUCCCAUUCCACAAAGAGAGAGGUGGCACCCUUUUCUUGACCUCCACCUCCUUCAGGCUCAAACACCACCUCCCUUCUUUGGGACCUGCACUUCUUAAUGUUUGAGGCUCCUUCUCCAGCCCCUCUUAGCAGGAGGGGUAAUGGUGGACAUGACCUCUUGUACUUCUCCUUUCUCCCCUUUCCCCACCUUUCUUUGUCCUCCAUCCUGACUCCACUUUAGACUUCUUGAUUGUCAAUCUCUGUCACCUCCAGUGAUUGUUUUGGUUUCUGUUCCUUUCUAACUGCCCAGGGGGCUCAGAACCCCAACAAUCCCUUCCUUUCAUUACCUUCUUUUUGGGGGGUAGAUGGAAGGGCCUGAAAUUGUCGGGGGAAGGUAGGAGGCACAUCAAUAAAGAGGAAACCACCAAGCUGAACUGAA